GUAAGCUUUCUAAUAACAAUCAUCCACACGUUAAGGACAGCAGCCAUGCUGCUGUCAUCACACAACAGGAUUUUAGGAAUAACAACGCUUAUCUUUGUCAACAAAAGAAGAAGUUACAGCCAUGCAAUCUGCAACGGUUAUGAUGCUGCAACAGAUACAAUAACAUCAUCUCAACCCAUCAAAGAUCCUGAAACUGUCUCCGCAGGCAAUAUCUUUGAAAUGGGAUUUUUCAGCCCUGUUAAUUUGACAAAUCGCUAUGUUGGAAUAUGGUACAAUAAUGUUUCUGCAACGAAACCAGAAUGGGUUCCCAACGGAAACAACCCAAUCGCUGAUUCUUCAGGUGCGGUGACGAUAUCUGAAGAUGGAAAUCUUGUAGUUUUGAAAGGCCAUAUAAAGAGAUUCUUUGGUCAUCAAAUGUUUCAAAUAGAGUCAGAAACUCCAUUGCACAGGUUUUAGAUGAUGGGAAUCCAGUCUUGCAAGGCAGCUCCAAGGGAAUCAUUUUAUGGCGAAGUUCCCCUGAUGAUGAAACAGCAAGGUUUUUUGACUUGUCAAGUGCUGUUCCACACUUGUGUGGUAGAAAUAGCUUAUUUCCUAGACAAUUCAUUGCCUAACUCUUUAUCAACUGGAUGGUCUACGGUCAAUAAAGGAUUCCAGGAAAAUUCCAAUUAGACCAUAUAAAAAUUAAAGAGUAGGUUAAAAAUCCACAGUUAAGUUCUACAAACAACAAUUUUCUUUUAUACAAGAGAUCCAGUGUCCGAAGAUAUCUUAUAAUAGACAAAAUAGAUUUUUAAGAGUCAUAUUUUUUAGUGUUCAGUCUUGCAUAGAGAUUUUUUUUCUUUUUUUCCUUCUUCUUUUAUUUGUAUAUUGACGCAAAUAUAAUUUUUUCUAGUUACCCA